AUGGUUAUUCUAACUAAAGAACAAGAAGAAGCUGCUAAGGAGGGCCUCUGGCUACCUCAGCUCGAACGAGAUGGUUGUGGUGUUGGUUUCGUCGUCUCUAUCAAAGGCAUCAAAACCCAUAAGAUCCUCUGCGAAGCUCGCACAAUGUUGGAACGCAUGGCUCAUCGUGGCGCUUGUGCAUGCGACAACGAUUCCGGUGAUGGCGCAGGAGUUUUGACGGCGAUACCCGAUCUUCUCUACAGGAAAUCUGUGAAAGAGUCAGUUCAUUGGAAAGAUUACAUUGAUAAAAGAUUGCCGAGC